CGCGUACAGAAAGCCAGAUUCAAAAAGGUGAAAGGUCGUGGCGCACCAAGACGCGGCACGACUGAGCGGGCAUGUCUUGUCGGGUGACUGAUCUAAGAGGACAGUUCAGAACAGGUGUCUGUCCUUAUCUGUGAUAUUCUCCAGCUAAGCAUGGGGGAGGACGGAGAGGAAGAUGACGUGGACGGAAUGAGAUGUCUGGGCGUGGAAAGAAAGCUGCCCCCAAGCCCAAAUCCGCCGUUUCCCAGUCCACGAGGGCAGGCCUGACCUUCCCAGUAGCUCGCAUCCACAGGCUGCUCAAGAAGGGCAACUACAGCCGGCGAGUGGGCAGCGGCGCCGCCGUCUACUUUUCGGCCGUGCUGGAGUAUCUCUGCGCCGAAAUCCUGGAGCUGGCGGGCAACGCCAGCCGAGACAACAAGAAGCGCCGCAUCGCUCCUCGCCACAUCUUGUUGGCGGUGAAAAAUGACGAGGAGCUCAACAAACUGCUGUCCGGGGUCACCAUUUCUGAAGGCGGCGUGAUCCCCAAUAUCCAAGGGGCGCUCCUUCCCAAGAAGAGCGCGGUCCGGAGAGAGGAGGUCGCUGGUAAAGAUGUUCAGUCGCAAGAGUUUUAAUUUCUUUGUUUUUACAAAUCUAUAGUUUAUUUUAAUACAAUAAAAAUGUUUCUAAUUCAUGUUUG